UUUUGGAAAAAAUAAUACUGAAAAUUGUAAUUAUUAGUUUAUGAGCUUAUCAAAGACCAAACAGACUUGGACAAAAUGUAUGCAGGCUACUGAGAAAGGUACCUUUCUGGACGGACUCGUACUAGCGACUCUUAUACAAGAUCAAUCUCAUUCUAUUGAGGAUUGGGCUUCUUUGUUUCAAGAUUGGAAAGAAAGUGCUAGUGAAAUGGGACUCAAUGAGGACAAACAGAAGUUGUUAAUGUAUUCUUCCUUCCUGCUGACCUACAAUCUUGGUAAGCACAGGGAGAACAUGAAGAAGAGGGAUUACAAGAAGCUGGAUAAGAACAUGGAGGGUGCUGAUUCUUCCACCUCUGCUUCCUACUCCCUUGUACAUGGAUCUAAGUCAGACUAUAAAGAUAAAGAUUCAUGCAGAAAAGAAAAAGAGUCUAGUAAAGAUUUCAAAGAAGAAGAAAAGGAUAUCAUAAAUAUGAAGAACUCUAAGAAGAGUGAUACACCUCAAGCCAAAGAGAAAGCUUCCUCCCAAGAAACUGAAGAGGAGAUUGCUCACAAGUGCACAAUUUGCCACAAGAUAAGCAGGAAGGCAAGACCAUUGAAGGACUGUUCUCAUUAUAUCCACAACAGUUGUAUGAAGAUGAAGGCUAUCACUACUAUGAUCACUGGAAAGUACAAGAUUAUCUGCCAUGACAAAGAGUGCACAGAGCUGAUCCAUAGAGAUGACAUCUUUUCGGUGAUAGAUGAAAAAGCACAAAUUUGCUAUGAUUCUUUGCAAUUUUUACUAGAUUACUCAAAUAUAGAGACUGAAAGGAUCAUCUACUGGUGCUUCACUUGUAGACUACUCAAUUGCAAGUUCGGAGAUGAGAACUCCAAGUGAGUCUCAUGCAAUAAGAAGCAAGACAAACUGAAAAGUGUUUUCACUUUGAUCAAGCUAGUUAUUGCAGAAAGAGAAGCAAAGUAUCUAUUCUCCCAGAAUAAGUCAAAGGAUAGCAAGAAUCAUGAGGCAAUCAACAAGUGUAUCGACGAUUGCAAGGAUCAGCUAGAAAGAUGUCCAGACUGCUUAAUGUGGAAGCACCAAUUCACUGGGCUUGCUCUCAAAUGUCUUUGCUAGACAAUUUAAUGAAUCUAGCUAUUAAUAAGUAUUCAGUAUUGA